AUGAGCUUCGUGCCUACGAAUGCUGACACAACAGAUAAAAGCCUGGAUCAACUCGAUCAAUCUUUCAUGUAUACACAAAUACUAAAGGAAAUUCUCUUAACUAUUGAUUUUCAAACAGAACAUUUUCAAGCAUUUAUUACAUAUUGUCGGGAACAGUUUGUCAGCAAUCCAGCCCAACUUCAUCAUGUUGAGAAAUUCGAAAAUGAAUAUCAUCGACAUACACCAAUCUGGUGGUAUACACAUCAGUGUUUUCUCUUUUCUAUGCUGAAUCGAGCUUUACGACUAAUGGAUAUCGAUCUUAUCAUCAAAUUGGGCUUUUUUCUUUCUGAUCUUCAUCAACAUAUCACCCGUCUUCACUCAGAACAAUGCGGUGAACAAGCUCAUUUCGACCCGUUUACUGUCUAUCGUGGUCAAGGUUUGUCUCAGACAGACUUUAAACAAUUAGUAAAGACGCAAGGUGGUUUAUUAUCGUUUAAUAACUUUUUAUCGACUAGUCUUGACCGAAGAGUCUCUUUUGCUCUCACUGAAAGUAAUGGAGAUAAUCCAUAUUUAAUAGGUAUUCUCUUUCAAAUAACUGUUAAUUCAUCGACUUCAUUAAGUCCAUUUGCCAAUGUUCACGAUACUGGUUAUUACCAGGACGAAGAGGAAAUUCUCUUUUCAAUGCAUUCUAUAUUUCGUGUUGGAGAAAUCGAACAGAUCGUUGACAAUGAUCGACUUUGGCAAGUGAAAUUGACAUUGACUUGUGAUCAUGAUCCACAACUGCACAUAUUAACUGAACAGAUACGAGCAGAGACAUCUCCACAUGAGAUAGGAUGGAAGCGAUUGGGUCAAUUGUUGAUUAAGCUUGGACAGUUUGACAAAGCACAACAAGUCUAUGAUGUUCUGCUUAUUCAGACAUCAGAUCAUCAAGAGAAAGCCAACAUUUAUCACCAUCUCGGAAUGGUCAAGAAAGGUCAAGGAGAAUAUACGGAAGCAAUUCUAUAUGCUGAAAAAUCACUGGAAAUCAAACAAAAAUCUCUUCCACCCAAUCAUCCUGACUUGGCUGUUUCUUACUACAUCAUCGGUGUAGCGUACCAUAAAAUGAGCGAGUACUCAAAAGCACUUUCAUAUUAUGAAAAAGCACUUGAAAUCCAGCGAAAGACUCUUCCUCUAAAUCAUGCCGAUUUGUCUGCUUCUUACAACAACAUCGGUCGGGUAUAUAGCGUGAUGAAUGAGCACUCAAAAGCACUAUCAUAUCUUGAAAGAGCAUUGGAAAUUAGGCAAAAAGCUCUUGCCGAAAAUCAUCCUGAUUUGGCUACUUCUUACAACAACAUCGGUCGAGUAUAUCACGCGACGAGUGAGCACUCAAAAGCACUAUCAUAUCUUGAAAGAGCAUUGAAAAUUAGACAAAAAGCUCUCCCUGAAAAUCAUCCUGAGUUAGCUGCUUCUUACACCAACAUCGGUAAUGUGUAUUAUCGCAUGGGCGAGUACUUGAAAGCAUUCUCGUAUCUUGAAAGAGCAUUGCAAAUUAGGCAAAAAGCUCUUCCUGAAAAUCAUCCUGAUUUGGCUACUUCUUACACCAACAUCGGUAAUGUGUAUUAUCGCAUGGGUGAGUAUUUGAAAACAUUCUCGUACUAUGCACGGGCUGUUGAGAUCGGACAACGUUCACUACCUGGAUGCCAUCCUCGACUUCAAAAAUGGAAAAGAAACCUUGAAAAUGUCAAAAAGAACUUGUAG